AUGCCGGAGGAGGAUUUGGUGGAUAUAAAGUUCAGGCUUUAUGACGGGUCGGAUAUCGGGCCGUUUCGGUAGGCCACAUCCACGGUGGAUAUGCUAAAGCAAAGAAUCGUCUCUGAUUGGCCCAAAGGUAAGGCAAUUAUCCCAAAGGCAGUGAAUGAAGUCAAACUGAUAAGCUCUGGUAAAAUGUUGGAGAACAGCAAGACUGUUGGUCAGUGUAAAGUACCCUUUGGUGAAGUUGCAGGUGGGGUUAUCAUAAUGCAUGUUGUAGUACAGCCAUCUCUUGUAAAAACUAAAACAGAAAAGAAGAUUGAUGAUUCACCCAGAAAGAUUGUAUGCUCAUGUUCCAUUUUAUGAGGGCAAACAUGCUAGAGUUGGAAAAUUGUUAUGCUGGUAACAAUGUUUAGGAACAGAAGCAUCGUCUCUGAGUAUCCCAUGUGUGUUUAUUGCAAAGUCCAUCUGUACAAGUUCUUUUAAUGGAGUGAUGAUGAUGUGCAUUUUUCUUUUCUUUGGUUCCUUCAGUCUCCUUUUGGUUCUUUCCAAAUAGUAGCUUGAAUCAUUUGUAAAGCUGUAUAGACUGCUCCAUGUAAAGACAAAAUGUACACCAAAUUGUAAGGAGAAAUGCCUUUGUAUAAAUGCUAUCCGUUACUAAUAAUGAAUUGUUUCUGUUCGGCCUGCUAUGGCUGAAUAGGUCUUUUCA